AUGCGCAAUAGGACCCAUCAGUGCUUCAAGUUGAACGUUCUUCGUCAAGUGUCUCAGGCUGUCGGCUAUCUUCACUCACGAAGCAAACCGAUUGUUGUGCGCCGCCUGAACAGCCGAAACAUCUUUCUCGAGCCGAGAGUGAUCCUCUGCCUGUUGGACUACAGCUAUCAGGACUGCGAAUAUGAAAUGCUGGGCGUCGUUGCUAUCCCCAACUACCUGGUACGAUACACUGCUCCUGAGCUCUUCCUCGCUUCCCCGCGACCAUCGCCCUCAGGACCCUCCACCAAAUUCGACCCGACCAAAACGGCUUCGACGGAUCCGGAUGUGGUCUUGCCAACAGACGGUGGCCUGAAUGCGGCCAGACUUGCCGGUGAGGUGGGCUACAGCCGAGCUGGCCACGAAUCCUUCGAGAGUCCUGCGGAGGUGGCCGAGAAGACCGGCUCAAAGAAGGUGUGUGGGUCGCGAAGGCCAGUUACGCUGUUGCCUGAGCAUUGUCACCUCAACCAGCCUCGAGGCUUUUAUGUUAGUGAAGCGGAAAGGACGAAUGCAGCCGGACACUUUGCGAGCCGUGCUUAUCUGAAGAGAGAGACAGUUAAGACGAGGUCUGACAAAAUUGGCGUGUAUGAUACCAAAGUUCAGAAAGAGGUGGAGGCGACAGAGAGAAGCGGACAUAAGAAAGAGGAAAAGGAGACAAGCGAGAGCCUUGACAGAAGUGAAGAAUGCACGAAAGGCGCGAGAGAGCACGAGACAGAAUAUGCCAUUGAGGGGGUUUCGACUGGCGAAAAGGAUUUCGUGGGUGUAAAAGGCGACAGUGAAGAGUCGAACAGAGAAUGUGAUACAGAAAAGACAUACAAGUCGGAAUUCGAGGAUAUGGAAGAGGAGGAGGAGGAGGAAGUAGAAGAAGAGGAAGGAGAAGAAGAAGAAGAAGAGGCGAUGGAGGAGAUGGCCCACUCUUUAGCAUCCUCCUCGCCCGUUUCGCGCACAUCGUCACUCUCGUCGACCGGAUCAUGCACACCCUCCUCGUCCGCGGUCUUCUCGACGACUACGGCGUCUUCGGCCAACUGUUGUCCCUCACAGCUCACCUCGUAUGCGUCGUCUCCGGCCGGGGGUUGGCCUUAUUCGCCCCCUAAACUCGACCUUCCCAGCAUUUUUAGUGAAAGGGUCGCCUGGCAGACGGCAACGGAGGCUCGUACGAGUUUUAACAGGCCGCGUGACCUGCCAACCGAAAGUGAGGAGGCCGAUGGCGAAGUGUUCGAGGCCGAGGUGGAGGAGUCGGCGUUGGGCGUGGAAGAGGAUGAGAAAGCUGAUGAUCAUGACGACCAGUCGAGUUGCAGCAACCUCGGUUGCGGGGCGGUAGGCCUUCGAGUUCACUGUUGCUCGGACGUUGUGGAGCCCUGCGGGUCACGAGAGAGCAACAAGUCGGAGGCAACGAAGAAGCCGGACACCGAGGCCGACGUG